AUGGAGAUCCAGAACGAGCGCGAUAUGGACGCUUGCACGCGAAGAAGCUCCCAGUCAUCCUCCGUCAACUCAGACGAAGGAGGAUACAACACACCGACACACGACACCCAAUCCCGCUUCUCCAGCGAUGAGUACAGCGCACCGCAAUAUGACGGCACCAUGCCUGCAUACCUAAACACCGACUUCGACCUACCGCGCUACUCAAGCGUGCGCGAAGGUGCCGUGGGGGUGUGUCCCUGGAAAGGAGGCACGUACAUCAUCCGCGACCCGGCAACCAAGCUCGUCAUAGCCCUAGAGAAGGGUGUCUUGGGCAUGUAUCCGGAAGCACACGAAAUGGACAGCGUACUAUACCAGUACGGGCGUGGCAGUCACUGGCACUGUGUGGAGAACGACCGGAUGUGGCUCGGCUUUUAUAACGCGGUCUCGGGGACGUAUAUCGGUCAUGAUAAUCGGAAGAGCCACUGGCGGUUUCAGGCCAAGGCCGAACGGCAUGAUGAGUGGGAGUGGUUUUGUGCGCGGCAGCACCCAACCGGUGGACAUAUUUUGCUGGUGAAGCACUGGAGCGAGUUUUUUCCGAUGCGAAUCGGGGGCCAAAACGACCGAGAGUUAACGGUGGAUGUGAACCGAGAGGGUGGGACCGUCUGGGAGUUUAUUAGGGUUGGUUCGGAAAAGUGA